AAAUCCGUUAAGAAUUACCGGUUUUUUGAAGUUUGAACAGCCCUGGCGCGCCAUUGUGGUGGUUGGUGUCCCUCAGUUUGUCAUUUUCGUACAGCUUGUGUGUUUUUAAUAAGAUUUAGGACAGUAAUGAAUAUAUUUUUUACGAAUGUUAUAAUCAACAAAACAACAGUGACAAUAAUGCGUGCCGAACCUUUUAUACCUGACUAAUGAGCAACUUUGAGUCACCACGGCAUCUUCAGAGUGGUCAUUGAACAGGGGUAGCGAUGGAGGCUGGGGCGCGCGCUCUGGACGUGCUCCCGCUACUCCAGGAGCGGGUGGCGGCCCUAACAGGAGGUCGCGACCGCCGCGGUGGCCCUAUCAUAUGGUUCCCAGCGAACUCCCGGCGAGACAGAGUCGCGCCAGAUGACUAUAGGCGUUUGCUGCACUAUUUAAUCAGUAUACCUAGUGACUCGGUGAGAUCACAUGGAUUCACGAUAUUGAUUGAUAUGAGAGGUUCAGCAUGGGCAGCAAUAAAACCUAUCUUAAAAGUUCUGCAAGAACACUUCCCUUCAUCCGUCCAUCAGGCACUGGUAGUUAAACCUGACAAUUUUUGGCAAAAGCAACGCACAACCAUAGGAGCACAUAAGUACAAGUUUGAGACAACAAUGAUUAGCUUAGAAGCACUGCCUAAAGUGAUAGAUAGUUCGCAACUAACGCCAGAUUUAGACGGUACUCUGCAAUAUGAUCACGCGCAAUGGAUAGAUCUCAGAUUGGCCUUGGAGGAGCUGAUGUGGCAAGCUGGUGAGCUGCUGGACAGGCUCGAUGACCUGCAGGAGGAUGUUGCGAGAGCAGAUUUUGCCGAUGAUGUCACGGGCGCAAGGAGAGCUAUCGACGCGCACGCUGAUAUCAGCAAGCGACUCGCCAAGGUCCCCGUCGACGAACUGGAGGGUCAAGGCGAGCGAGUCCUGCAGCGUUUGGAGGCAGCGGAAGCAGUGUGCUCUGAGGCGAGCGGUAGCGGCGGCGAGGCCGCGUUCCACUGCGGCUCACCCGGGGCCGUGCGCGCGCAACUCUCCGCCGUGCGCUCGGCACACGCGCACGCGCACAAGCUCUGGCAGCACAAGAAGAUGCAGCUCGACCAGUGCUUCCAGCUGCGCCUAUUUGAGCAGGAUUGUGAAAAGAUGUUGGAAUGGAUCGUGAAUCACCGCACCGCAUUCUUGGCGACUUACGUGGAGAUAGGGCGGUCGUGUGCCGCCGCUAAACGGUUGCAAGAGGAACACGCCAGGUUUGCAGCAGCAUGUACAGGUGGAGGCAGGCCGAGUGUCGCCCGAGUGACGACGGCGGCUCGUCGUCUCGCGGACAAGCGACACUACGCCGAGUCCGAAAUCUCUGCGCUCGCGCAUCGACUCGAACGAGCUUAUAAACAACUGUCAGCUGGUUUGGAAGAGCGUUCAGCGGUGUUAUCACUAUCAGUGGUGUUUCAUCAUAAAGCUGAGGCGUAUGUAUCAGCGGUGGGUGGUUGGGGAGCGCAGUGCGCGGUCGCUCUACAGUUGGCUACGGGCCAGGGUGGAGCACCUUGCAACGAUCCUCGAGCGUUAGAACAACACGCGCAAAGACAUCGCCAGCUCUAUGAACACAUGUGCCAAGCCUAUACUGAGGUCCAUUCUACUAGUAAGAAGUUGUUGUACCAGCUGGAUCACCUCGUCCAAGUGUGCCAUCAAACCGAUCCUGCUGAUAUGAACGACGGUACAGUGAGCAGUGCAGGUAGCAGUGGCGGUGAUCCGGCCGCGGACUACAGCUCUGGCGCGAACCAUGUAUUGGCCGUCAUACACCAGAUACUGGGACACCACCGGGCACUCGAGGCGAGGUACCAUCAAGCCAGGCUUAAGCUGCAUCAGAGACUCGCCUUGCUUUUGUAUAAAGAAGAUUGUAGGCAGGUGCUCGAUUGGCUGGCAAAUCACGGUGAAGUAUUCUUACAGAAGAAUACUGGAAUAGGAAGGAAUCUCCAUAAAGCUAGGGUUUAUCAGAAAUCUCAUGAACAUUUUGAAAAUGUGGCUCAAAACACAUACACGAACGCGGAAAAGUUACUGGCAGGCGCUGAAGAGUUGGCGCGGUCCGGCGAGUGUGAUCCCGAGGAGGUGCUGGGCGUGGCGCGAGAAUUGGAGGCUCAUGUCGCUGCCUUCGCUGCACGAGUCGACAGGAGACGGAGGCGACUGGAUCUCGCCGUGCUUCUGUAUACGCAUGAGAAAGAGCUGCUGCAAUGGCUGGAAACGUUGCGGAGUGGCGGUGGCGUGUGCGCGUCAGACGAUACGCCGGAGGCUGCGCGGCGUGCGCUAGACCAAUGCGCGCAACACCGCGGCGCAAGCCUUGACGCUUGCGCCGCCACCAUCGCACAGGGGGAGGCACUGCUGCAGGAUCUACGAUCAUCGGGCGAUUCGGAUGCGGCAAGCACUGCUGCCGUAGAGACGACCUUGGAACGACUUAGAGGCACUCGGGGAGCUCUUGAAGAGCUCUGGUCUGAUCGUGAAAGAAGACUCGAACUCACGCUACAGCUUAGGCAUUUCGAAAGAGACGCCUUAGAGGUAUCGUCACGAUUGGAGCUCUGGGGCGACGAGCUCCAGAGGACGGAACCUCCUCGGGACCCUCAACAAGCUGAACAGGCAUUGGCUGCACACAACGAGAGUGUGGCUAGAAUGCAACAUGCCACCUUUCAGGUGGUUCAGCAAGGUCAAGAGCUUGCGGCGGCUAUCGCAGACGCUUCGGAUGUAAUGGCCUCGAGUGGCUCAGACGGAUCUGAAGCAGCUCCUCUUGAUGCGCAAGCGCGCGUUCAGCUCUUACUAGAGUUCUUACACGAUCGGCAACUUGAUUUAGAAGAGCUGGCUGAAGAAAGACGUGCUCGAUUCGAGCAGUGCGUCCAGUUAGGUCAAUUCCAAAAGGACGCUGCUCAAGUGGUUAGUUGGAUUCGUAACGGCGAAGCGAUGUUGGCGGCUUCGUUCUCGAUCCCUGGCACCCUGUCGGAGGCCGAACAGCUGAAGAGAGAACAUGACCAGUUCCAAGUGGCUGUCGAGAAGACACACGCAAGUGCGGUGCAAGUCAAGUACAGGGCUGAUGCUCUGCGAGCCGCCAAUCACUACGACCCACAUACUAUCCGAGAAAUUUCGGAAGAAGUUACUGAAAGAUGGCAGAGGCUGGUGACCUGUGCGGAGGAGCGUCACAAGCUGGUGACUGCGUCGCUCAACUUCUACAAGACAGCCGAGCAGGUCUGCUCGGUACUGGAUUCACUGGAGCGGGAGUACCGCCGGGACGAGGACUGGUGUGGCUCAGCAGCCGCGCCGCCCGCUGACGACCAGACCCUCCAGUUAAACAUCGACAAAGCCGCACAGGUGGCUGCAUUAAUAGUGAAGCAUGGUGAACAGAAGGAGGCCUUCUUGAAGGCGUGCACCCUGGCUCGACGUACCGCAGAGACUUUCCUCAAAUAUGCGGCGCGAUCCGCUCAAGUACACGGCCAGACCGCCGCGGCCAGCAAAGCUCACCAUGAGCAAACCAGGGCUAUACUUGAUACUCUACUGGCUCAAGAGAAUAAGGUAUUGGAACACUGGACGGUGCGUAAGAAGCGUCUGGAGCAGUGUCAGCAGUUCGCUUUGUUCGAGCGGUCAGCGCGUGCCGCAGUGGAAUGGAUCAAGGAGACGCAGGAGCGAUGCGGCGCGGCCGCGGCGGCUGCGGCGGGCGGCGUCGCGCGCGAGUCCCGGGAACGCGUGCGUCUGCUCGCUCAGCUAGCCGACGGACUCGUCGAGAAGGGACACCCACAUGCCGUGCAGAUCAAGGAGUGGGUCGCCGCCGUUGAUGCCAGAUAUGCAGAGUUCAGCGGUUCCAUGGAAGGAGGUGAGAGCGAACCGGAGAGUGACUCGGGCGUGGCUCCUUCCCUAGCGUCAUCUCAGUCGGCGGACAACGACGCCCGCGCAGAACCGCAACCCACCGCAGUUGGCGAUGACAAACGACGCAGCGCUAGACGCAAAGAGUUUAUAAUGGCGGAGUUACUGCAGACGGAGCGUGCGUAUGUGAAGGAUCUGGAAACAUGCAUCACAUGCUACUUGCGGGAGAUGCGCACGGACCCCGGCGCCGUGCCACAAGCGCUGCAGGGAAAGGAGGAGAUCAUAUUUGGCAACAUUGAGGAGAUCCACCGCUUCCAUGAGCGUGUGUUCCUCCGUGAGCUGGAUAAAUACGAGACUAUGCCUGAAGACGUGGGUCAUUGCUUCGUGACGUGGGCGCGAGAGUUCGACAUGUACGUGUCUUACUGCCGCAACAAGCCUGAUAGUAACGCGGCCGUCGUGCAAAAUGCUGGCGACUAUUUUGAAAGGGUGCAACGUAAGAAGAAGCUGGAGCACCCUCUGGCUGCAUACCUGAUCAAGCCAGUGCAGCGUAUUACCAAGUACCAGCUGCUACUGAAGGAUCUGCAAGCCUGCUGCGCCGAAGGGCAAGGCGAAAUCAAGGACGGUCUCGAGGUUAUGUUGUCUGUGCCGAAGAAGGCCAACGACGCUAUGCAUCUGUCCUUGCUGGAGGGGUGUGAUGUACCCACAGACAGCCUCGGUGAAGUGGUCCUGCAGGACUCGUUCCACGUGUGGGACCUUCGCCAAAUCAUCAAGAAAGGUCGCGAGAGACGCGUCUUCCUCUUUGACCUACAUCUCUUGCUCGCUAAAGAAGUCAAAGACUCGCAUGGAAAAGCGAAGUACAUUUACAAGACUAAGUUCAUGACUUCCGAGCUUGGUGUGACCGAACACAUCGAGGGAGAUGAAUGCAAGUUCUCAGUAUGGACCGGCCCAGAGCCCAUGGCCAGUGACUGCCGCAUCGUGCUGAAGGCACCCUCGCUUGAGGUCAAGCAGACCUGGGUCCGACGGCUGCGAGAAGUGAUCCAGGAAACUUACUUUAGCGGUGCUCUUCACCAGCCGCCCAGAAGCCCUGCGCGCCGUCCUGCUAGCUCUCAGCGUUCAAGCAGGGAUCUGGACGACACAAUACUUGAUGAAACGACGGAGAAUCUCGAUCGAAAUUCGCUCGCGUCUUUCGGCAGUGGGAACACCACCGAUUCCGAUAAGGCCGGUCCUGAAAUGACGUGGGUGCUAGCGGAGCACAAUGCGUCAGGAGCUGGAGAGCUGUCCGUGUCGAAGGGGCAGCAAGUGGAGGUGGUAGAACCGUGGCAGGCGCGCGCCGACUGGUGGGUGGUGCGCGUACCGGGCGAACCGCCCCUCGAAGGCGCCGUGCCAUCGCACGUGCUCAAACUGCAGCCCCACCACCAUCCCCAGCAGAAGACAUCACCUUCCAGGCGACCACUUAGCCAACCCUGCGAAGAAAAUACAGAAGCCUCCAACUCGGACCCUGGCGGCAGUGUGAGCGCCGCUAGCCCAGUGAAGCAGCGCAAGCCUUUCGGCGGGAAACGAUGGCUCGGCUUACGCAAACAGUCUCAAACCAAGACCGACAAGGGUGCCAGCGGCGCCCAGUCACCAGCUACCACCGAUAAACCUGUACCACUUAAAAAGAUACCAUCAGACAAGAAGCUUAAGCUCCCGUAUGCUGCCGCCGUUAGCGAUAAUGGUCGGGCCGAUGACCACGACGUAGGAAAGGGAGUACCAGGCGUGCUCGACGAAGCUGAAGAUGAAGCCGCCGACGUAGAGCUACCACCACCGAUGAAGCCGUUACAGGAGCAGCAUGGCGUCGCUUCAUCAUCUGGCAGGAACGGUGAGGAAGAGGAGGCAGGGCCCGUGACACCCGGCCCGAACUCGUAUGAAGAUAUUCUCAAGAAACGGGAGUACGUGCUUCGGGAACUAGUCGAGACUGAGGAAAUAUACGUCUCGGACUUGCGCCUUGUGUGCGAGGGGUACAUGCGCCACGUGCAGGACCCGAAGGCCGAGCCUGGCCUGCCCGAGGGCCUGCGCGACCGACGUCAUCGAAUGAUAUUCGGCAAUAUCGAGGCUAUCUACGAGUGGCACCGCGACAAGUUUCUGAAGGAGCUCCAGUUAUGCAUCGAAGAGCCCGAGCUGCUGGGACCGCUGUUCCGACGGUUCCUGGAAAAACGGAUGUUUCUGUACGAAGCAUAUUGCCGUAACAAGCCUGUCUCGGAGUACAUUGUCUCUGAGCAUGACAAUUACUUCCAGGAAUUGCGAGUCAAACUGGGCCAGAAGUUGCAGCUCGGUGACCUGUUGAUUAAGCCCAUACAGCGGAUACAGAAGUAUCACCUGCUGGUGAAGAAGAUAUUGUCGUACUCGGAGCACGCGAACGCACCGCCGCACGUGAUCGCGGCAUUGCGCGAGGCGGUGGAAUGCACCGAUAUUAUACCCAAAAAUGCUAACAACAUGAUGGACGUAGGCCGCCUCCAGGGUUUUGCGGGCAACAUAACCGCCCAGGGCAAACUGCUGAUCCAAGAGCUGAUGACAGUAUCCGAUGUAUCCGGAGGCAACGACAAGGGGAAGGAGCUCCAAGUCUUCCUCUUUGAGCAAUCUAUAAUAUUCAGCGAGGCUGUGGGCAAGAAAUCAAUGUAUAGCAGCCCAACCUACAACUAUAAGGCGCAUAUUCAGGUCAACAAGAUGGACAUGGAGGAGGUGGAGGCUCACGGAGCCUUUAUAGUUCGCAGCGAUGUCACCACUAAACCCAAGGCAAUGGCGUUCAUGUGCCGACCCUCGGAGGCUACGCGAUCCAACUGGAUCUCUACUCUCACGCAUAUCUUGACUCAACAAAAGAAUUUCGGAGACGCUCUCGAAAACCCUGGCGCUUAUCUAAGGGAGCAGCUUACUCGCGAACCCCCUCGCGACCCCGCCGCUGUAGGUGAGGGUUGGUGCGGGCUUCGCAAGACGGAGAGUGUUCCGCCGUCUUUAGGCGGGGUGCUGGCCCCCGAACUGCGGGCUCGUGCCCAGCGCCCCCACGCCAAGGCGAAUACUAUCAACUUACCGACCACUAUUCGCGCCGAUGAGAGGAAAAAGGGCGGCGGUAGCUCUGCCGUCAGCCCCACCUCACCGCCGCAAGCUAAUGGCUUGUCGAAGCGGCCGUGGGGACUCAAGUUGCGACGCGGCGCGAGCGCUAGCACCACCGCCAGCAGUGGGGCCGGGGAGCCCGGUGCCGAGGGAGUGGUCACCGAGCUGCGCGCGCCCGAGCUGUCCGAGCCCGCGUCCGACGUGAUGGUCACUCCAGGCGCCACCGCCACCAUCUCCUGCCGAGCUGUCGCCACUCGCGCCACUGCAUCUUGGCGCAAGACUGCACCUGAGACUCAUGCACUACGUCACGGUGGCCGCUUUGCUAUAUCAAUGACUCCAGACGGUUUCGCAACAUUGUCAAUACACGCUUGUCGCGCGUCAGACGCUGGUGUGUAUUGCUGUCUUGUCAGUAACGAGUUGGGAGGAGUGCAAAGCUCCGCGCGACUGACGGUGGGAGCAGGUGGGGCGCCGGGAGUACCAGCAGUGCGUGCGCACCCUGGUGGGGGCCUGGUCAUACAGUGGGACGAGACGACUCCUGCACAUCUCGAGUACUGCCGCGUAGGGGAGGGAGAGUGGCGACGAGCUACUGAAACCCCAGCGGCGGCCAAUACGCUGGCGCUAGAAGAGUUGCCUGCGGGACAGUACAGCUUCCGACUGAUCUGCACGCGGAGUGGUGCGCCCGGGCCUGCGUCGGGCCCCGCGGCGUGCGGCGGCGGCGGCGCGUGGCAGCGCGAGCAGUUCGCGCGCCGCUACAGCGUGGAGGAGGAGAUCGGCCGCGGCCGGACCGCGCGCGUACUCGCUGCCAGGGACACCGGCACCGGACAACGAGUAGCAUUAAAACAGGUAUUAGCGGGCCGCGGUGCGGACGCGAUGCGGGAGUACCGCAUCCUGUCCCGCACUGCGCACGGCGCGGUGGUGCGCGCGAUGGCGUUGUUCCCCGAGGUGCCUCGCGCGGGCGCCCACACUCUAGUGCUGGAGAUGGUGAGCGGGGGCCCACUGUUGGACUGGGCCGCCUCCUCGCCGCACCUCUACACGCAACACAUGGUCGCGCACCACACUAAACAACUACUGUCUGCGCUCGACUGGCUACAUACCAUCAACGUCGCACAUCUUGAUGUCAGGCCUGAGAACGUGCUGGUGGAGUUGGGUGGGUCGGUGCCUCAACUGAAGCUGGUGGACCUGGGCUCCGCAGUAGAGACAGGGGAGGGCGGGUCGGGUAACACUGGUCGCGAGGUGCUCCCACCGGCGCCUGCGCAGCUGGAGUUCGCUCCGCCAGAGUGCGUGCUGGGCCGGCCGCCUGCACCCGCCUGGGAUGCCUGGGCCGCCGGCGUGUUCCUCUACGUGUUCCUCACAGGGUUGUCGCCGUUCCUGGAUGAGUCGAUAGAGGAGACGACGGCGAAUAUAAUAAAGUGCGACUACUGCUUCCCGCCGGAACACUGGGCCGAGGUAGCCGAGCGCGCUCAGCACAUGAUCCGUGGCCUGCUCGAGCCGGCACCCGCCAGGCGACUCACGCCACGAGACGCGCUGCAAGACUCAUGGUUUGACGAGGCUCCCACCACAGCAUUAUCAGCGACGCAAUUGAAGACGUUCCUGGACCGACGGCGUCCCGCGGGACACGGGAACGUGUUGCACUCCCUGCGCUCCCCCAAUGACACCUGA